UAUUAAGUACCUGAAUGGCAUGAUCUGUUUGUCUUCUUGACUCCUAAGGUUUCUCUAUUCCCCGUUAUCACGGAAACACUUUCUACAAUUUUCCUCUAGCAAUCUCUUUUGUCAGACUCGACAACCAGUCACCCCGUCCAAAUUACGUCAUAAUCGAUCUUCUUCCCUAUCAACUACCUUACCCCUCACUAUCAAAAAUGGUUCACCCGGCUUCGACCUGCUGCAAGAACACCCAGGACGGCAGCUGUGCCUGUGCCGCCCAGGCCCGCUGCUCCUGUGGUAAGGAGUCUGCUCUGCACUGCUCGUGCAACAAGGCUUCUGCCGAGAACACCGUCUCUGGACCCCGCUGCUCAUGCCGCGCCCGUCCCGCUGGACAGUGCACAUGCGAGAGAUCCGUGACCGAGAACCAGCCGGUAUCAGGGACCACAUGCCCGUGUGGCAAGCGGCCAGAUGCUUCCUGCACCUGCGAGAAGGCUGCGGCCGUUGACUCUGCUGCUGAGGCUUUGGAGAUCGACUUCACCGGGCGUGCUUGAUUGAGUUUGAAAAUAUUCUCUUUCUGGCUUCGAAAUUGAGUGUGCUUGAUUCGGGUGUUCGGGUGUUCGGGUGGAUUCUGUUAGGAUUCUAUUAGCCAUUCAGCAUGGGGAAGGCUUUGCAUACUGUACUUGUUUAUACCUAUUAGUAUCUCUGGAAUCGACUGCAAGGGAGCAGCUUCACAUACAAUAGCCGUCAAUGAAGUUUCAUGAAUGAUAUCAUAUCUAUCGGCAUCUUCUUUAGCG